GGUACAUGAACUUCUUUCCAAAACAAACAGAACUCUACGAGAAGAUAUUCGAAGUUAGCAGUACUUAUUUUGAGAGCAGUGUGGCCAGUCACCGUGCAAAUGCCUUAUUGAAGAUUGCUAAAAUUAUUAUUGUUCUCCCUGAUCCUGUUCAAAGAGCCUACAUGCAUUACAUGGUAAGAUACUGUAUGCAUUAUGUUUGCGGGAUAUGUUGGGGAGGGGACUAGCGUUGAUGAUUUUACGUAUGAGCAGCAAUGAACCCUAGCCCCAAUUUUAUUAUAUUUAAAUGGCGAUAAAGGUUAAGUUUGUCUUAUAUCUGUAGGAGCUUAUAAAUUUAUAUAUGAGGACCAUUGACAACUUUUCCGUAGCGUGCAGUCGGCCAUCUUGGUUUUUGGUUCAAUAUGCAUGAGGUCACAAAUGGGGAGAAGAUAAAUUUUUAUUCGGCCAACCACAUUUCAAUAUCCGCCAGAAACUUGAUUUUUAAGGCUUUGAUAAACAUGACCCAUUUGUCGAAUCACUGAUCGAAAUUGUUCCAUAACUGCCUUGACACCAGGCACCUAUACAUUUUGCAACGAUUUAUUAUAACAACAUGAUAUAAUAUACGUCCGUAUUUUUUGUUCAGUAUUUAAAGAACAACCGUAUUUCGUCGGUGGCACAGAAAUACUCAUUUGAAGACUUUAUAAUGAAGAAAACCAAAUCAAAUGAAGCAAAAACGUUGAGAAAUCAGCUGUUGACCACAGGACAUUAUGCUAAUCAUUUAACACGAUGGAUGUCUUACUAUAGUGCACAGCAGGUGAAUAUACCAUAUUUUGUUGUACACAGAACUUAGCUGAACUCAGGUAUCGAUUGUACGAUAGCCAGAUAGCGUCAUUCACUGGGUGGUGUUUUUUCUCAACGGUUGUAAAAAUGCUUGAAACGUGAUAAAACUACGAGUAUGGAUCCCACAAUUAAUAAAAGGAAACUUUAAUUUUUACAUGCUAUAAACUUUAAUCGGGGUUACACCAGUGAAGGGCUAAUUUUUGGCCUACCAACCAAUUUCCCUGGGAGUUACGCGCCCAAGAACGUUGUGGAUCUCAGGAAUUUAUUCUCAGCUGUCACGUCUAUUAUAAGCGGCCACAAAGCCGAGCCCCGCUGGUAGCCGUGUAAUAGAGGUUUGAUUGUGACUAAUAAUAAGGCAUAAUGUUAGUAAUGUCGUAUGCAUAGAGUAUUUAGCCUAUACUCGAUCCUAUUUCACCCUCUCUUCCCAACCCUCUAUAACCCUUUCAUGUAGAAAAGGUUGUUUCAACGACUUUUCUCUUUAGGUAAUGAUUAUCAGCGAUGACGAUUUAAUAAAUCACACGCGAACUGUGCUUGAUAACAUUCAAGAUUUUGUCAAUAUUGAAAAGCCUGUCAACUACAAUCAACUGCUCAGGUACCAUUGCUAGCAUAUUCAAAAGCCAAAAUAUGCAUCACGCAUCAGCCGUCCAGUUUUCCCAAGUUUACUUCGAUAGAGCUUUAAAAAUUAUCGUUUUCAUUUACUGUGUCUGGCUUAAUACGAAUUUGCCACCCAAAUCUGUGGAUUUGUUAGCAGAUUUCCUGCGUGUGACUGCAAGUUAGAAUUGAAUUGCAAGAAUCGAAAGCAAGUGGUAUAAAUGCAUUAUCCGAUUCUGUUACCAACGCAUGCAGUGAUUCUUCUCGAUGUGAUUCACAUGCAAGCUUUAUUUUGGCGGUCUCAAUAUGCAUGUGCACUGAUUGAGUAUCUUCUUUUCUAGGUACGACACGAGGGUACAUAUGUACUGCCCACUAAACACGAACACAGUUGAAGAUUGUUACGGUUACAAAGAUAGACACUGCAGUGAAAUGAGCAAAACAGCGCGGGAAUAUUUAGAAAACUAUUACGAAAAGCACAACAAGAAUUUACUACGGUUGAAUCAGAAAGUACAAUUUAGUGUGCCAAAAUGGCUGAAGGUUUAUGGUUAGGUAUAUACAUUUAAAGAAAAUUAUCGAAACGAAAUAUAUGGCUGGCAGCACCUAACCUACACAGCACGAAUCAUGGACGUCACUUGGUGCUAUUCACCAGCUACGUAUAUAAUUUUAGAGGAUACCACAGGGAUAACUCUUGGGCCAGGAUAUCAAUAUAUUUAUGAAAAAUUAAGCAUUGAAAAGAAAUUUUUAUUAUAACAAAUUAUAUGGCUGCCCAAAACAUACAAUGAAUUUAUGAGCACUCCCAAAACACUCUGCUUAAAAUUUCCUAGAAAUAAUUUGUGCAUGUUAACUUAAUAUUCCUGGUAUGUUGAAGUUCCCGGUUAUUUCAUCUCACUUCUUACCAUAGUCUUGUUGAAGUAACCAGGAAUCUGGAGUCCUUAGUUAUUUAUCCAGUUCAAAUUAGCUAGUAUAUAAUAUAAUUAUAGUUAUAGUCAAGUUAUAGUAAAAGGUUCAAAUAAGCAGGACAUUUAACAGGAAUAUUAAGGUAACUCAAAUAGGGUCAUUUCUAGGUAUUACAGGGAACGAUUUUGGGUCGAAUAUGACUAUUUUUACUAAAGGGUCAUCGGUUAUUAAGAUUGUGACAGUAAAUUGCAUCAAAAAGCACGACGAUGUGAAGUAGAAUCUCCAUUUACAGAUAUAUGGUUUAACGCAGGGAUCGAGUUUUGACCCAAUAUUCAAAUUUUUAACAAAUGCUUAACUAUUUAAAGUUUGUUCGUUCACUGCAACCAGGUAUAUCAAUCAUGUUUCGCUCGCUACUCUGGUUUAAAUAAAUGAUUACAAAGCCCAGUCGAAUUGUAAUCAAGACCCAACGUUUCGACAGUCGACACUCCAGUGUCUAUUUCGUUUCGACACUCCAGUGUCUUAACUAUAAAAAAUACCAAAAGCGAAGUACCAAAAGCCUAUAUAUUCAAAUGUAAUAUCAAUAUUAUAUAUAAAAGACAUACAUAUAGUUUUAUUAAAUCGUAUUUAUUGAUUAUUGGCAAAAGACAAUAGCUAUAAUAUGUAUAGAGAAAUAUUUGUACAAAGAAUAUAAUAUAUAUUUUUAGUUACGAACACAUACCUUACUGAAUUCAGUAUUAUUAGUUUCAUGGUUU